AGAGCGAUGGACAGGGAGACAGAGGGAGAGAUGGAGGCAGAGACAGAGGGAGAGAUGGAGAGAGCGAUGGACAGGGAGACAGAGGGAGAGACGGAGAGAGCGAUGGACAGGGAGACAGAGGGAGAGACGGAGGCAGAGACAGAGGGAGAGACAGAGAGAGCGAUGGACAGGGAGACAGAGGGAGAGACAGAGAGAGCGAUGGACAGGGAGACAGAGGGAGAGACGGAGGCAGAGACAGAGGGAGAGACAGAGAGAGCGAUGGACAGGGAGACAGAGACGGAGGGAGUAGAGAGAGAGACUGGGGUAAGGGUGGGGGUCGUACAGUGCGUAUGGCAGCCUUGGAGAUGUUGCUAGGAGUGUUGUCAGGGCUAGCCUCUCUGUGUACUGGGUUCUAUAUUCAGACGGCAGGGUUCACCUGGCCGUUCAUCACAGCAGCCGUACUACACCUGAUCAACCUGGUAUACACAGCGUGGGUACUGCAGGAGACUGUGGAGAGACCCUCGCACACAGACUCAUCUUCAUCACCAUCAUCAUCACCGACACCUUUUGGGGCGGGCUCAGCACGCUUUCUCCAACGAGAAGCCCUGAUUGGUCGGUUUCAGGGUGUGUAUCUGUUAUUCAUCGCGUCACCAAGGAGGAGGAAAACUGUCCUGGGACUGAUACUGGCGGCCUUUGCUUUCUACACGGUGUCGAAGCUGGGUGGUAUGUCCAUCUUCAUCCUGUAUGAGCUGAAUGCUCCUCUGUGUUGGAGUGAGGUGUUGGUUGGCUAUGGUUCAGCCUUGUCUACACUCAUCUACCUGGGGAGCUUUGCAGGGGUGUCCCUGCUGUCGCGUUGUCUUCGGGACGGGCAUAUAGUACUACUGGGACUGCUGUCUGUCGCUGCAGGACUACUGAUGGCUGCCUUCGCCAAGAGCACGUUGCUCAUGUUCCUAGUGCGGCUGCCUCUCCUUCUCUCCAUCAUGCCUGCUCCUGUUCUGAGGUCCAUGAUGUCCAAGAUAGUACUCCGCUCUGAACAGGGUGCAGUGUUUGCCUGUGUUGCGUUCGUGGAGAUGCUGAGUAUAGGUGUUGGGAUCACCGUGUUCAGCAGUACCUACGCCUCCACUGUCUCCUGGUUCCCUGGAUUCAGCUUCCUGCUGGCCUCAGCCAUCGCACUCAUACCGGCUGUUCUGAUUGGGGUGGUAAUGUGUCUGCGACUGGACAAGGAUGAAGAGGCCAGUCGACUAACAGCUGAUGAUGAUGAGGAGGAGACAGAGAGCUGUGGACAGUCACUACAGCUACCACACUGAGCUACCACACUGUGUGAGCUACCACACUCUGUGAGCUACCACACUGAGCUACCACACUGAGCUACCACACUGAGCUACCACACUGAGUGAUUUACCACGCUGUGUGAGCUACCACACUGAGCUACCACACUGUGUGAGCUACCACACUGAGCUACCACACUGAGUGAUUUACCACGCUGUGUGAGCUACCACACUGAGCUACCACACUGAGCUACCACACUGAGCUACCACACUGUGCGAGCUACCACACUGAGCUACCACACUGAGUGAUUUACCACACUGUGUGAUUUACCACGUUGUGUGAUUUACCACGCUGUGUGAUUUACCACACUGAGUGAUUUACCACGCUGAGUGAUUUACCACGCUGAGUGAUUUACCACGCUGUGUGAGCUACCACGCUGAGCUACCACACUGAGUGAUUUACCACGCUGUGUGAUUUACCACGCUGUGUGAUUUACCACGCUGAGCUACCACACUGUGUGAUUUACCACGCUGAGCUACCACACUGAGUGAUUUACCACGCUGUGUGAGCUACCACACUGAGCUACCACACUGAGCUACCACACUGAGCUACCACACUGUGCGAGCUACCACACUGAGCUACCACACUGAGUGAUUUACCACACUGUGUGAUUUACCACGCUGUGUGAUUUACCACGCUGAGCUACCACACUGUGUGAUUUACCACGUUGUGUGAUUUACCACGCUGUGUGAUUUACCACACUGAGUGAUUUACCACGCUGAGUGAUUUACCACGCUGAGUGAUUUACCACGCUGUGUGAGCUACCACGCUGAGCUACCACACUGAGUGAUUUACCACGCUGUGUGAUUUACCACGCUGUGUGAUUUACCACGCUGAGCUACCACACUGUGUGAUUUACCACGCUGAGCUACCACACUGAGUGAUUUACCACGCUGUGUGAGCUACCACACUGAGCUACCACGCUGUGUGAAUUACCACGCUGUGUGAUUUACCACACUGAGCUACCACACUGAGUGAUUUAUCACGCUGUGUGAUUUACCACGCUGUGUGAUUUACCACGCUGAGCUACCACGCUGUGUGAUUUACCACGCUGUGUGAUUUACCACGCUGAGCUACCACGCUGUGUGAGCUGACCCUUUUGUUGAUGAAUGAUUGAUGACAUUAAAAACACACCCAUCUGCCGGUUCAACCCAGAGUGAAAGUGAAUGAAAACCCUUCUGUGAAAUAUGAAUGCAUGAAUUACUGUCAGUCACUUUUGACUAAAAUGUCAGCUAAAUGGUAUAUAUUGUAGAAUUGUAAAACAAUACAGAAUAAUUGAGUAAACAACACAGUGUAAUUUGACUUUUUUCACCAUACAAAAGGGAUAGUUGACCUAAAUGACACAGUUUUACCUUACUUAACUAGGCAAGUCAGUUAAGAACAAAUUCUUAUUUACAAUGACGGC